GAAAAUAUUUUGUUUAUCCCCACACAAAACCAAAAAUGUCGUCGUGCAAAACCUAGGAAAAAAUCCCUUUCCCUCCCAAAAUCCCCAUUCCCUCGUCUUCUUAAUUUAGGAAAAAAUAGUGGAAAAAGAUAACCCUAGCCAAGCCCUCUUUCAUUCUUGCUCCCUGGCCCAUUCGUCGUGCAAAACCUUCAUCGUCUUGCUUCAACCAUCUCAGUGUACCGUCACCGGCGCCGUCGCUACUCCAUCUUCUCAAACGCAGAACCAUAAAACACCCGUGCUAACACCCAUUGCUUCCCAUUUCCAAUCUCACUCCCAGAAGGGGGAAGAUCUGCUUUUACUCUCGCGCCGUCAAUAACAAAUCGAACCUGGGCCUCUUGAAAAAGUGCUCUUGGCUGAAGAUGCAGAUUUGAAGCCAUUUAAGUCAUAUAAAAAGAGUGUGAAGAAGCUCAAAAAGAUUGGCGAUAUUCUAACAAUUGUUGUCGUUGCAGAUUAGAGGCAAAGAGUACUUGUUUUUUAGGACACUUUGUGGUCACAGGCAUAUUGCUCAAGACCCGUCAAGUUUGCUCUCUAGAGCUUUGAACAAAAUCUUGUACCAAAGGCCCCCUGCUAAUGUUUUGACAUUCAACGAGAUUGUUUUGCUGUGGGAGAACAAGAUUGGCAAGAACCUUGAGAAAAUAUAUAUCCCUGAGUAUCAAAUUCUUAAGAACAUAAGGACUCGAGCAGAUUGAAGAGGAAGUGAUUGAAUUUAUCUGUUGGUCUUUUCGUGUUCAAGUAGUGUUCCAAAUUGAGAAAACCGGUUGGAAAAGAAAUCCAGUGUCCGUGUGCAAAGUGUGAAAACACUUACUGGCAUGAACGAGAUGAAGUAUAUGAGCAUCUCAUUUGCUAUGGGUUUGUCGAAGGUUAUAAAAGAUGGAUCAAUCAUGGAGAACCAAUAAUUCCAAUAGUUGUAGGACAUGACAUGGAUGAUCGAGGUGGCCUUGAUGAUAUUGACGGGUUGAUGCGUCAUGCAUUCGGAGAUAUGACAAAUUUGAAGAGGGGAACAACAGAAUGAAUGAAGAUGCAAAGGGAUUUUAUAAGUUGGUCGAUGAAGCAGGUCAAGAAUUAUAUUCGAAUUGUACUACUGGAUUUUCAAGAUGAUCAUUUAUCAUUCGUCUCUACCACUUGAAGUGUCUACAUGGCUGGAGUAAUAUAUCUUUUACCUCCCUAUUGGAGUUAUUGAAAGAAGUUAUACCUGAUAUGAUUUGAACAUUCCCACUUCUUUUAAUAAGGCUAAGAAUUUGGUUAAAGACUUAGGUCUUGACUAUGAAAAGAUUGAUGCAUGUCCUAAUGACUGCAUGCUGUAUCGGAAUGAGCACAUAAAUGACUUAGUUUGCCAUAUCUGUGGAGAGUCUCGAUAUAAUCAGGCUCCUACUACGGACGACAACGAAGAUGACUUUGCGCUUCCGAAUAAAGUUCAUAAGGUUGCUGCAAAAACCUUAAGAUACUUUCCCUUAAUACCAAGGCAUAAAAGGCUUUUUAUGUGCCCAAACACAGCAGAGGCGUUGAGGUGGCAUGAUGAGCAGCGUUUGAAAGACGGUUGCAUAAGGCACACUGCUGAUGGCGAAGCAUGGAAGAAGUUGGACAGUCGGUACUCAAACUUUUCAAAAGAACUUCGCAAUUUGAGGCUUGGUUCGGCAAGUGAUGGUUUUAAUUCUUUUCGAACUAUGAAUGUGUUACAUAGCACCUGGCCAGUUGUCUUAAUGGUGUACAAUUUUCCCCCUUGGAUGUCCAUGAAGUCAGAAUAUUGCAUGCUUUCUUUACUCAUACCUGGACCUUGUUCACCAGGAAAUAAUAUUGAUGUUUUUUUGCAACCAUUGAUCGAAGAGCUAAGGGAGCUAUGGGUGGCAGGGAUAGAUACAUAUGAUUCUUUUAAAAAUGAAACUUUUCAAAUGCAUGCCGCACUUCUUUGGACAAUCAAUGAUUUUUCAGCAUAUGCGAUGCUAUCCGGUUGGAGUACCAAAGGGAAGUUGGCUUACCCUUGUUGUAAAAAUGACACUUCUUUUUGUUAUUUGAAAUAUAGCCAAAAGAUAGUUUACAUGGAUCAUAGAAGAUUUUUGCCAGUUGAUCAUGCAUGGCGGUCUAACAAGAGAUCUUUUAAUGGAAAAACAGAAUUAAAGGAUCCACCACGAAUGUUAACAGGUGAAAAGGUUCUAGAUAUGCUAAAGUUAGUAGAUAAUGCUUUUGGGAAGACGCAAAACAAAAUUAAAGGCCAAUGGAAAAAACGAUCAAUCUUUUUUGAGUUACCAUAUUGGCAUCAUUAUAUGAUUAGGCACAACCUUGAUGUGAUGCAUAUCGAAAAAAACGUAGUCGAUAGUAUAGUUGGUACCUUAUUGGAUAUUCCUGGAAAAACAAAGGAUCAUGCAAAGGCUCAUUAUGAUCUUAAGGAGAUGGACAUUUGAAAGAAUCUUCACCCAAUAAAUACGAAGGAUGGGAAAAGAACUAAACUUGCUAGAGCUUGCUACUCCAUGACCAAAGGGGAAAAAUCCAUUUUUUGUGGUGUUUUGAAGAAAACAAAAUUGCCUGAUGGAAGUGCUUCAAACAUUUCUUGUUGUGUACAACAAGAAGAGAGAAAGAUUUACGGUUGCAAGACUCACGAUGCUCACUUCAUGUUGCAUUACCUGUUGCAAAUACCAAUCAAGAGCAUUCUUCCAGAUCAUGUUGUUGUUCCUCUAGUUCGCUUGUGUUCAUUUUUUUGUCGAUUAUGUCAAAAGAAAAUCUCUUUAGAAGAGAUUAAUGGUUUAGAGUCAGAAAUUGUAGAGACUUUGUGCCAAUUGGAGAGGAUUUUUCCCGCUACCUUUUUUGAUAUAAUAGUUCAUUUGCCAAUUCAUUUAGCUAAUGAAGUCAGGUUAGGUGGUCCUGUCCAGUUUCGAUGGAUGUAUCCGAUUGAGAGAUACAUGUGCACACUAAAAGGGUAUGUUCGUAAUAGAAGUCGUCCAGAAGGAUCAAUUGCAGAGGGUUAUUUGGCUGAAGAGUGUUUAACUUUUUGUUCAAGAUAUUUGCAUGAGGGAGUGAAAACAAGAUUUAAUAGAAUAUCUCGAAAUAAUGAUAAAGGUACUUCAACCAAAGAUCCUGAUUCAAAUUUGUUCACAAACAAGGGUAGUCCGUUGGGUGGAAAAAAGGGCAGUUAAUCAUUUUGGACGUGAAGUCCCUCCGUCAAGCUAAUGCAUAUGUAUUGAACAAUUGCGUUAACGUGGAGCCUUACAUUAGGUGAAUUUGCACCUCUAAUUUGUUCUAUUCCUUAGACUAAUUUUGGUAGCAUUAUACAAUAAUAUGCAUCCCUUGUAGAGAACAUGGUGAUCAACAAAAGCAAGACAAGCGGAAGCGAAAGUGGAACGUUAUUAAAUAUCAGAAUGAAGACUUUAUAGAAUGGUUCAUAGGACGUGCCAUGAAAGAUGAUGUUCCUAGUUGGAUACGACAGUUGUCUAAGGGUCCAAAUAAAGUUGCAAAAUUAUUUUCUGCUUAUGUUGUCAAUGGGUACAUAUUUUAUACUAAGCGGCGAGAAGUGAUGCGAAAAACGCAAAAUAGUGGUGUCACUGUGGUGGCUGAAACUACAAGCUUUGCUAGUGUUAAGGACAAAAAACCAAUCAAGGCCAAUAUAAGAUAUUAAGGUAGAAUCAUGGAUAUUGUUGAGCUAGACUAUUAUAGUCAAUUUAAAGUUGUGUUAUUUAAGUGUGAGUGGUUUAUAGCUGAGGAAGAUAAUCAUGGUUUGACAUAUGUCCAUUUUAACAAAAGAUGUUACCAAGACAAACCAUUUGUGUUGGCAAGCCAAGCACACUAGUGCUUUUAUGUGAAAGAUCCAUAUAUUCCCCAAAAGCAUUAUGUGAUGAAAACUGUUCCAAGAGACUUGUUUAACAAUGGUGUCCAAUUACAGUUUAACCCUAACAUAAUAGAGCCACAUGAAUCUGCGAAUAGUCCGAUACCCUUAAGUGAUAUUGGUGAGGUAAACUUGGUUAGACCGGGUGUGAGACCUACUAUUGUUGAUGUGACACCGAACAAGAUCAAAUCUAAAGACAAAGAAAUAGAGUCUGAUGAGUUUGACAGUGAUGCUGAAAUCCAGUGACUAUAAGGUGUUGGAUUAACUCGAUGCUUUAUUUGACCUUUCUUGUUGUUGCAAUUGAAAUAUGUUGAUAUCUUAUUUUUCUUUCUUUUUGCAUUGAUGUAUGUUGACUCUUUAUUUUGACCUCCUUUGUUGUAAUUGGAUUAUGUUGAAACUCUCUUUGAGAUUGUUUUUUUGCAAUUGAAUUAACUCGAUGCUUUAU